CAAGACUUUGCAUCCUGUAGUGGACAGCGGAUGGCUUGGUAACUGUGGGGAUAUUUCAGAUAUUACUUGUCACUGUGGUUUGCUGUGGGAGAUCAACAUGUGCUGUCCGACACUGACAAACACAAAGAAGCUCUUGUAGCUGGAGGAGGGAUUGCCUGCCCUAACUACUCCUCCUCCUCCUCCUCCUCCUCCUCCUCUUCCUCACCCUCCUGGGAUCGAUGACCGGACCCACCUCCCCGAGCCGGAGCGGCACCUCCCCGGCCAAGCUGAGCAGGCAUGGCCGAUCCAAGAGCACCAGCUCGCACUGCCUCCUCCGCUGCAGCACCCAGGAGGAGACCGCCGCCUCUCCCCCCAACAAAAGCACCCGGUCCCCCGGGGAGGAAGAGGAGAAGGAUGGAGGGGUUCUUUUCUACGUGAACAGGACCGGUUUCCCCAUCGAAGGUGUGACGUGGGAGAGGAUGUGGUCCCAUGUGGCUGCCGUGCACCCCGAGGGUCAGGAGAUGGUUGACAGGAUACAAAACGCUGCAUACCUUCCCAAGCAUCAUGUUCCCUCGGUCCCGACCUUCAAACCGUCCAUGUCGGUCCCAGAUUGGCUGGUGGCCAUCCAGAACUACAUGAAGGCUCUGCAAUACAACCACACGGGAACCCAAUUCUUUGAGAUCAAGAAGAGCCGUCCACUGUGUGGGUUAAUGGAGACAGCAAGAGAGAUGAUCAGGGAGUCUUUGCCAAUCAAAUGUCUCGAAGCCGUCAUCUUGGGAAUCUACCUGACCAACGGGCUGACGUCUCUCGAGCGUUUCCCCAUCAGCUUCAAGACCCAGUUCUCGGGUCACUGCUUCCACCACGUCGUGCUGGGCGUCUACUGCAACGGUCGCUACGGGUCGCUUGGGAUGAGCCGCCGCCAGGACCUGAUGGACAAACCGCUGAGCUACCGCACGCUGGGGGAGCUGGUGGCCGAGUUCGAGAGCUCCUACAAGAGAUACCAGCACACUCUGAAGAAGGUGAAGAUCGGCCUGUAUGUGCCUCACGACCCCCACGUCUUCCAGCCAAUCGAGUGGAAGCAUUUGGUGCUGAACGCCGCCCGACUGGGAGCUCAGGAGAUGAGGAAGGAGCUGGAGAAGCACGGCCGGGACAUGAGGAUGAAGAUCCUCAAAUCGUCCAGCGCCCAGUCACCAAUCAAGGAGCGGAGCCGGGGUAAAUCCUUAUCGCCACGGCGACGACAGGGCAGUCCCCAGCGUCGCUCAACACACCGCAGAGACAAAUCGCCGGCCUCGGUGGAGAGGAAACCUCCGGAGCUCAGCACUCUCAACGACGGCUACCAGAUCCGCAUCUGACCCCCGGCUUCACCUCCAAGUCUUCCCAAAUCCGUCCAGCCUUCUCAGCCGCCCUGAUCCCCAGAAGAAAAAAGAGUCUCUACCUAUCACUGAUGUUUUUUCAGGAGAUAAAGAUAUGUUGACAAGAUCUUUUUCUGAGCUGGAACAGCAAGAACUUCUUCGAAGCUAAGACAAAAAGGUGACAAUGAAUCUUUCACAGCAGCCCCGUCGUCACACAUCUGAGUGUGUCUGCUCUUUCUCCUACUCUGAUUCAUUUCAGUCAUGUAGCUGAAGACGAAGGAUACGUGAUAUCAGUGUUUUUUUCUAGAUUUCCAACAUUUCGAUCAUCUGGCAGUUAGAUAUUAAAAGCUGAAAGCCGAUAGUGUCACGGUGGAAGAGUCAUAACACAAAUGCGUUAGCUUCUCUUUGCACAAAACACAACUAUAAACACAUGUAUUUAUUGGUCUUUUAUAGUGUUAUCAUACUUCUAUAGCACAAU